AGACGCUAGCAAGCUAUAUAGAAGCCAAACCGUUCUUGCUCAAAUGGCAGCACCGAAGAGAGGAAAGAGCAAGCAACCUAGUAAAAAGGGAAAGCAACCUACAGUUCCAAGACCAACGCUCGAAAAUGUAUUCGAAGCCGAAGACGAUGAGCAAGAUCUAGCCCGUCGUGGUCACACCUUUGACGAAGUCGACAAUUACGAGUACAAUGUUGACAACAUUGACGACGAAGAUGACGAAGAUAUCGACAGUGACGAUGCUUUCAAUGAAUCAGACGAGGAGCGCUUUGAGAAUUUCAAGUUCGCUGGUUCCAACGACAAGAGCUCUAAAAGUCGAGGUAGCAAGUCGGCUCUUUUGGCUGACGAUGACGAUGAGUUAGACGAAGAAGAUGCUGCCGAAAGCGAAGACAACGAUGAUGAUGAAGAAGAAGAAGAAGACGGAGAAGAAUUCAUGGAUUUGUCCGAGAUGCUUGGUGGCGACAAUGAUGAAAAGACAACCAAGAAUUCUGCAUUCGAAACUUUGCUUCCUGGUUCGGAUAGUGAAGACGAAGCUGGCGAUUUGGAAGACUUUUCGGACGAUGAGGAUCAAGAUGAAGAAGAAUCAGGCGACAUACUGUCUUUUGUCUCAUCACUUCCUACCAAGAAGCGCAAAAAUGCUGGCGAAGAUGGUAGAUCUAAGCGAUCAAAGAAAUUGGCAGAGAGAACAGAAGCCUACGAUGAAUCCGAAUUCAGCAUGCCGGCCCAUUCCGCCAGUGUUAGUGGAGCGAAGAAGAAGUUGGACCUUGCUGAUCUGAUGGGAACUUUGGAUGACGAUACUGGCUUUGGUGGGCUCAAGAAGAAUCUUGAAGCCUUAGAAGGCUCUGGAAAAAGCAAAAUCAAGGAUACCUUGUCCGCUCCUUUACCCAAGCGUAUUCAAGAUAGACUCAAUCGCCAAGCAGCAUACAAGGAAGCCAAGGAUGAAGUUGCUAAAUGGCAACCUCUUGUUAAACAGAACCGUGAGGCUGAUCACCUCUCGUUUCCUAUGGUGGAAAAAGCCGCUGCUCCCAAUAGCAAUGCUUCUCUCACCUCAACCUUCCAAGCCGAGACUUCCAUGGAAAAGCAGAUCGAAGAGGCACUUGCUGCUGCUGGCAUGAAGGAUAAGGAAGAAGAAGAAUUUGAGGCUCUGGAGUUGAACAAAUUGUCUGUUGAGGAAGUCCAAGCUCGCCGAAACGAGCUUCGCAUGAUGCGAGAGUUGAUGUUCCGACAUGAAUUGAAGGCCAAGAGAAUUAAGAAGAUCAAGAGUAAAGCCUACAGAAAGGUGGCUCGUAAAGAGAAGCUUAAGGAAUUAGCCAAGAUCCAAGCCCAAAUAGCAGAGGAUGAUCCCGAAGCUGCAAGAGAAGAGCAACUUCAAGCUGAAACCGACAGAGCUUUGGAGCGUAUGUCUCUCCGCCACAAGAACACUGGAAAGUGGGCCCAGCAGCAAAUCAAGAGAGGAAACUUGGACGCUGGUACUCGUGAUGCCAUUAACGACCAAAUUCGUCGUGGCGAACAGCUGCGACGUAAAGUGCAGGGAAUGGAUUCGGAUGAAGAGUUCAAUGACUCUGACAACGACGAAGAUAGCCCCAUCACAGCCGAAGAGCAACUAAACCAGAUUAGAGAAGAACUAGACGAAGAAGAACCUGUUGGAACCGGUAUUUUUGCCAUGAAGUUUAUGAAAGAUGCUGCCAAGCGGGAAAAGAAGGAAACAGAAGCAUUGUUGCAGUCGACGCAUAACGAUCUGUACCUUGAUGGCGAUGACUCUGGUGACGAAGUGGAAGCCAAGCAAGACAACUAUGCUCAAGUUGCUAAUAACCCUGGACGUAUGAUGUUUGGUGUUGGCAAGAUUGGCAAACAAGACCAGAAGGAAGUGACUGACCCGUCAAGUGUUAACAUCACCUUGAACGAAGCUGGUGAGGUUCAGAAGGUUUCAAGCUCUGCUGCCCAUGCUACCAAAAUGUCCGGACCAGUCAAUGUCAAGCUUCCAAGCAAGAGUCCAUUGGCGGAUCUGGACAAUGCUACCGCUAGCAACCCAUGGUUGCAAGCAGAUACCAGCAAAUUAGCCAAGCAGAGCCGCAAAGCUAAUAAGGCACAAGGAAAGAUUGAAGACAAAGCAGAGCACCUUAUUUCCAAGAUGAAGAAGAAUCAGAAAUCCAAGCAAGAAGAUGCUGAGGAGGAUGUUGAAAUCGAUCUCGAUAACGUCCUAACUAUUGCCCAGGCCAAGGACAAGACGAAGCAAGCCAACAAGCCUACCAAGUCAACGACGGCCUCAGCGAAGACCAACAAAGAAAACGGAGAUGCUGCCUUUGCUUCAGAUGACGACGACGAUGGCUCUGACGUUGAUGAAAACGGCGGUAUGGUCCACACCAAGAACCCAUUAGCUUUCACACAACGUGAGCUUGUCGAGCAAGCGUUCGCCAAUGACAAUGUCGUUGAAGAGUUUGAGGAAGAUAAACGUGAAGCAAUGGAGGAAGAUGCUCCAAAGGAUGAAGAUCUCACAUUACCAGGCUGGGGUGCAUGGGGUGGUAAAGGACUCAAGGAUAGAAAGAAUAAGGUCGUCAAGAAGGCACUUCCUGGUGAAGGUGUUGCAGCUAACAAACGAAGAGAUGCAAAGCUGGGCAAUGUUAUCAUUAGCGAAAAACGUAUCAAGAAGGCUGCUAAAUACCAAGUUACUUCUAUACCUUUCCCCUUCCAGAACAGAGAGCAAUACGAACGAUCAUUGCGUGCUCCACUGGGUAAGGAAUGGAACACGACUGAUAGUUUCCAGAAGAUGACCAAGCCUAGAGUCAUGACCAAGCUGGGUCGUGUCAUCGACCCACUGAAAGCUCCAUUCAAAUAGAAGCCAACCAAACCCACACUCUCAUUCUUAAAAAAUCGUUCAUCCCAAUGU